AGAGGACAGGUUGAGCCUGUCAGUGAGAGAGUUCCGCUACCUGAACAUCCUGGACGCUUUCUGUCUCCUGCCACACAGUCCUGUCUACAAGGACACAGGGCUGGAUUUGCACAAGCUCUGCAUACAAGUUUUCAAGGUCUCUUAAUCAGCAUCCGGCAUGUGGGUGGUGGAGAAGAUCCGUGUGUCAGUGGAGAGGACAAACCUGCCCCUCCCUGUGGCAGAAUACAGCUUCAAAAUCACCGACAUCAUGUUCGGGGAUAAAACGACCUGCGGGAAAGGCAAGAGGCCCUCCCUCUGCCCCAACAUCAUCACCCCGGACACCAUCCCAGAGUUCUGCAUCCCGUCCAGGGUCCCCACCCUGCAGGACCCCGGCAGGCCCCCGGCCACCGCCCCGUGCUCCAUCCCCAGGCCAGAGGCUCCAACGGGGGAGCUGGGGAGCCACCACAUCAUCCAGGUGGAGAGUGUGGACGACGGGCCCUUCGAGGGCGGUUUCAGCGACGAGGAGACCACCAACGCCGACCCCCAGAGCCAGGCCGCCCUCUCCCUGCCCCACCUGGCCAAGACCCAGACCUGCUACGGCUUCUGCACCCUGCUGGAGAGCCCCAACACCCGAAGGAAGGAGUCCAUCUUCCACAGCGACCCCGCUACCUGUUCCACCCCGCUGCUCAUCCCCCGGAGCAGGUCCAACACCUACUCCAGGUCCUCCCUGCCCUCCUCGCCCUCUUCUCCCUGCUCGCCCCCCUUCAGCCUCCACUCAUUCAGCUCCCGCCUCUCCCCCAGGGCUCUGUCACUGAGUCGGCAGGGCACCCUCGACAGUGACACCACCUCCUCAGCUGAGUCCUCCCCCUUUAGCUCCCCCCUCCUGGCCCGCUCGCCCCCUAAGUCCUCGCUGUUCAAGGCGCUGAGCCACGAGAAGCUGCUGUCCAGGAGCGCACGUAAAAUGGCCGUCACCCGCAACAACUCCCUGUCCACUGACGAGGGCAGCUCCACGGACAGCAGCCCCAACGUGCUGAGGAGGGCCUCCGAGGACCUGCUGGAGCCCCCGCCCUGCGGCUACCGCCUGGCCCCGCCCGCCAUCUUCCCCAUGGACCCGGUGCUCUAUCGGGACCGCGUUCUGAGGGAGAACCGGGUUCCUCUGGGGCAGGACGGGACCCUGCGGCUCUCUGCCGAGUACUGCCCGGAGAACCUGAGGCUCCGGGUUCGGCUGAUCAGUGCAGAGGGGCUCUACCCCCCUGACGUGGACCCCAAGAGCAUCAACUGCAGCGUAAGCGUUGCCCUCAUACCCGGGAAGACACAGAAGCAGCGGAGCACGGUCAUCCGCAAGAGUCGCAACCCCAUCUUCAACGAAGACUUCUUCUUCGACGGCAUCUCGGAAGACGGCCUCUGCUUCAGGAUGCUGCACUUCAAAGUGGUCAACAAAAUGUCCGCCAUGAAGAGAGACUAUGCUCUGGGAGACUGUGAAGUUCCUCUGACAAGCAUACUGUAA